AAUAUUUUGAGCUAUAUAAUUGCAAAAGGAAAAAACCAUUGGGGGAUUUUGGAGGUUUAACCGGCGCCGGCAGUGAACUUCGGUUCUCCCAUUCUCUGCCGGAAAAGUCAGAUUCUAUCUCUGGGGUCACAUAAAAGAGGUUAGUGAGUGAGAUUUUGGAGCUUCAAUUCCCAUGUUUUAUUCAAUCUUUAGAACUAGUCUUCUUCAUGGGAGGCAAGCCAUGGCAGCCUCUCAAAGUUUCAAUCUUUCAUUCAUUAAAAUCUCAACUAGUCUUAGAUUCAUCUCCAUUAGCUCAAAUGGACACUCAUUUACAGUUUCAUACUUUAUAAACAAAUGUGGGUUCUCCACAGAAUUGGCUUCAUUUGCUUCAAAAUAUGUUCAUUUCGAAACACCUGAAAGGCCUGACUCUCUGUUUGUUUUCCUGGAAAAUCAUGGGUUUUCGAAAACCCAAAUCUUAAAUCUCAUAAAAAAAAGGCCAAGGUUGCUUGUUUGUGAUACUGAGAAAACUCUUUUGCCCAAAAUAGAGUAUCUUCACUCCUUAGGUUUUUCAAGGCCAGAGCUUGCUAAAAUCUUGAGUAGCUAUCCUACAUUGUUGAUGCAUAGUUUAAAGAACCAAAUUAUCCCUAAUUUUAAUUUACUGAGGAACUUGUUUCACUCUGAUGAUAAGGCUAUUAAGGCUAUAAAACGAUUUACCCCUAUUCUUGUGUACGAUUUGGAGUCGUAUUUGUAUCCGAAUAUGAAUGUUUUGAGAGGAAUUGGAGUCCCCGAAUCGAAUAUCCUUGUGCUGCUUAACCGUCAGCCUAGAUCACUUUUGUAUAAUCCGGUUCGGCUUAAGGAGAUUGUGGAGGAAGCCGAAAGAAUGGGGUUUGAUUCUUCAACGAAGAUGUUUCUCAGUGUGGUUAUUGCUUUGAAAUCAAUGACCAAAUCCACACUAGAGAAGAAGUUUGAUGUUUAUAGGAGAUGGGGUUGGUCUGACCAAGAGAUUCACGAAGCUUUCCGGAGGCAUCCGCUGUGUAUGACAGUUUCGGAGGAUAAGGUCAUGGCUAUAAUGGAUUUUCUCGUGAACAAAAUGGGCUACAGUUCGACUCUUAUUGCCAAACAACCGAGUAUUUUAAGGCAGAGCUUCAGGAAGAAUAUUGUCCCAAGGGCUCUGUUUGCUCGAGAAUUGUUAUCACAAGGUUUGGUUAAUGACUUAAAAUUGUCUGUAUUGUUUGACACAUCGGAAAAGGUGUUCAUUAGGAUGUUUGUUGACCGUUUCGUAAACAAAGCACCCGAUCUCUUGAAGCUUUACAAAGAAAAACUUAAGAUUUCAGAAAAAAAACAAACAUUAGAAGUGAGUUAGCAUAGGCUGCAGCAUUAGCAUUGGACCAUAGGAAUUACUUUUGGCGCCUUAUGAUUUGGAUUCUUUUCGUUUCAUGUUGCCUGGUUUCAGGUCAUUAAUUUGGUCUGAAACAGUAAAACUCGUUGUAGUUCGAAAUUGUUAAUGGAACCAGCCAUGUUAUUUUA